AUUCAAACGUAACGAUCAGUUCUGAAUUUGGGAAUAUCGAUCACUACGCUAUCGAUAUGUUUCAAUAAAAGCGCUGCCACUACGCAGUUGGUAUUUUUCAGGGGAUUUCUGCAGAUGCAAAGAGCGGCAAUUUCUGGCAUCAAAACAAACAAGCAAAGUAAUUUUUGCGCAUUUAAUAAAGAAAACGAAAUUAUACGAUCAAAAUGGAGACUAUCAACUUCAACGACUUCACGCCGAAGGAGCGCUAUGAGAUAAUUAAUGCAUUCCUAAUCAAAAUGCGCAUAGCCAACUCGAUGCCAAGCGCACAGCGCUUCUUUGAGCAUUACCUCCGCAAAUUCUACAAGCUGCCGGACAAAGUGGUCAACGAUAUUGCCUACUGUCAGCGUGCCAUGAAGACGCAUCUGGUGAUGCACCAGACCAUCGUGCGCGUUUUUAGCGAGCAAGAGGACGCCGAUCCCGUCAUCAAGAACAGCUACUUGCACGAAAUCGAGGAGAUACUGUGCGAGGUGAAUGCCGAGUGCCAGUACAUGCUGAUGCGCCUGCAGGAUGACAUCGAACGCUUCUGUUUGGCAUUUAGCGAGCACGAUCUGAAGCCCAACGAUCAAGUGAUAAACGAUAUUGUCAGUGGGGCAAUCGUGCCGCUCGUGGUGUCCGAAAAAGUUUCGAUCACUCCGCACUUUGUCGGCGAGCGACCAACAGAGCAGGAACUGAUGCAGAAGUACUUCACCAUCAGUGAAAUGUCUGCCCCCCAAUUGCCGCUACACGCCUACACGACCACAGUGGUUAAGGAGAGCCGCCUCAACCUACAGGCAGCGUUGGCCCGCACGCGCAACCCUCAGGUCGAGAGGAGCGUCGACAAAGCGGAGCGCCCAAAGGAACUAUUUAUGCAGUCCGUCGGACUCAUCACCCACAUGGAGAGACAACGCAUCAAGCUGUCGCAAGAAGUCAAAAAACCGGUACCGGUACCGCUACGCUUUUCAUUGCCGCCAAAAAAGCAAUGAGAACCAAAAACCCAAAUGAUGUUCUCCAUUCGAACGCUUGUUUCCAAAACAAUUCGUUGUGUAGAAUUACGAUUUAGUUUUAAAUGACGAAAGUACUCAGAAAGUUAUGUUUUAUUUUUUUGUGUACUCGGAGUAUUCUGAUCUGAUCUGAUUCUUCGAAGAUCUGUUAAGAAACCAUUUCCUUGCUGUUCGGCCUCUGGAAGCUCAGAAAUGACGUAGAGCUAUGUUAAUAUUAAAUAUAUGUAAGAAGCAGAUGUAAAUUGUUAUCAUUAUCAGAUGGGAG